AUGCCUAGUCUGAAUGUUAUGGCUGGCACCAGUGCUGGAACUACAGCUAAGCCAGGUUCCAGCAAGGCAACAACAACAGCGGCACCCGGAGCCAAGCCUACCAACCAGAGGCAGAAGGCAAAGGGAGAAGCCAGGAGAGUAGUUGCUGGUGCAGUGUCGAAAGAAUGGCCUACCCUUAGGGUGGAAGAACCAUCGAAGGUGAAGUAUGCAGAGAGGAAACGCGCUGCAUACAUUCUAAGAAGAGCACACCUGCAUCCACCAACCAAGGAGGAGCUCACUAAGGAGCUCAAAGAAACCUUAGAGUGUGCUAAAGCGGUUCUUCCCAAUUUCAGCAUAGAACCGCCAACAGGAGCAACAAAAAGGCAGAGGUCAGCUGAAGAGGCUAAGCCGUCGGCUAAGCGACCGAAGAUAAAGGGUGAGAUGCCCAAUAGAUCGUUUGCGGAUGUGGCCCGGACCCGUAUUAUCAUUGGUGUUCUGGAUGAGGGAGAUCCCGAAGGUAGAAUUCCCAGAACCCAAUGGAAAUGGGUGCAAGCUGCGCUGGCUAACGUGGCCCUGGAAGUGCUACUAAGCAAUCCAGGUCCACCGCCGUCAUGCACAGAUGCCGGUUGGUACCAGGGCCAGAUUAAGAUAGUACUUGUGACGAUGAACGAUCGGUCCAGCUCUAUAAAGCCGCCUGGGGCCAAACUGAUAGCGGUCGACAGGGAAGAUAUACCGUCUAGACCAACGGCACGAGUUUGGAUACCGGCUACACCAUCUCUGCCGGAACAAAUUAUGCAGCUGAUCAGGGCUUGCAACCCUAACCUACCAACGGAGGGUUGGAACUGCCGAACUGGCGGACAGGCUCUCUAA